GUUUUUUCUACGAUUCUAACAACAAUUAUGUUGGUUGUCUACUUUUAGUUCUGUUCCUAGCUAUUAAUAUUAUGUGAAAGUUACACAACACUUAUCACAUUCACAUAUAUAGAAGUAACCACAUGGCAACCUCGGGAUCUUAUGUUGUCAUCAAAGCCCUCAUUUUAUAAGUAAAUCGGAAACCAAUUCUGCAUUCUUUGAAUUAGUGUGGGCUGUGGUUGUGGAUUAUGUUUGAGUGUGGCGCAGAAGUAGUUUGUUUCUAUUGUGUUGUGUUGUGAAUGAUAAUCCAAGAUUCGUUGCAUUGUGACAAUAUAGGUUAUCGAAUCUCUUAUUUCUGAAUAAUAAUAAACACUAAUGGCUUUGAUGAAAGACAAAUUUUUACUAAGUGAACUGAAUGAAUUGGUGUCUGAUAAAAAUUCCUAUGUCAAACGAAGAAGUAAGUGUAAUCGCAGGUUAUGGCUAUCACCUAUUCACCUUUCAGAUCUUAAAGGGUCAAUAAAGGAAUGUUUAGAUUCUGAGGUUACAACUUAUGAUGAAGGGUUGGAUGGUAUUAUUUUAAGUUUUAAAAAUGUGCAAGUAACCACAAUAUCGGAAGACAAUCCAGGAAACGUUCAGAUUCCAGUCGACUACGUUGCUGAUGUUUAUGUCUUCAAACCGAAAGUAGGAAGUGUUUUAACAGGAAUAGUAAGCAAGAAGAAUAAUAAUCAUAUAGCCUGCUUGGUGCAUAAAACAUUCAAUAUAACCAUUCCACGCCCCAUGAGAAUCACAGUUGAAGAUUGGAAUGGGAGUACUUUAAAUAUUGGUGAUGAAGUUACUUUUAAAAUUAAGUAUGUGGAUUUGAGUGGCGAGUUACCAUACAUUAAAGGCUCUUUAUAAACAAUAAGAUAAUGCUGAACGUCAUUUAGUUUGCUGAAGAAAGGACAGUGAAUUGAAUCCACUCUAAUUGAUAUUUAUAAGAAAAACUAAGCUUCUCUUAGCCCAAUAAGAGUUGCUAAUUAUUUCUUGGUGCUUGUUUAUAAAUAACACUGAUUAUGGAUGAAGGAAACUGUGACAGUUUACAUGAGUUGUCUAGUGUUGUAAGUGAUAGUUUAUUAAGUAAAAUAACAGUUAGGACAAAACCAGUUAGAACUAAAGAAGUUCUUCACCAUAUAGAAGAGAAUUCACAAGUACAAAAUGAAGAAGAAAUGGAAGUGUUCAAUAAAUCUACAGCUAAACCGUCAAAUACUGACAGAUUAAAUAAAAAACGAAAAAGAAGAAAUUCAAUUGCAAUCUGCACUAUAAGCCAAAGUAAAAAAGAAAUGGAUCCUUUUUAUAACAUUAAACUUGCAAAGAAACAUAAAUCAAAACGUAAAACUUACGGUGGGUAUGAAAAUGAACCCCAUUCAAAAUAUUUUUUUGAGGAAAAUGAUAAGAUUGAAGAUGAUUUUAAUAAAUGUGACUUUCCAUCUGGUAAACAUGAAAGGGAACACAAUCAUUCAGGAUACUUACAAGACGAACAUCUUAAUUUUGAAGAAAAAGUUGAAAGCAAAGCUAAUUCUGAAACUGUCUCUCCAACUGUGCAACAAAAAAAUAAACACAAACUGAAACAAAAACAUUCUGAAGAUUCGCAAAGUGAAAACCUUAUUUUAAAAGGUAAACAUGCAAUUGAUUCUAAUGCUGAAAGUAAAAGUGAGUCUCCAACCAUCACACAUCACAAGAAAUCUAAAUUAAAAAGCAAAUAUUCUGAGUACUUAGAAGAAAAACAUGACAAUGAUAAUAAUUCUGAGAUUGGCUCUCCAACUGACAAACAUAAAAACAAACACAAAUUAAAACAAAAAAAGUCUCAAGAUUUUCAAAGUGGAAACCUAUUAUUUGAAGAUAAACAUGAAAGUAAAGCUAAUGCUGAAAAUGAAAUUUAUUCUCCAACCAUCAAACAUCACAAGAAGCCUAAAGUGAAAAGUAAAUAUUCUGAUUACUUUAAAGAUACAAAUCUUAGCUUUGACAACAAUGUUCAAGAAAAAGAUAAAAACGAGAAUAAUUCUGAGAUUGAAUCUCCAACUAACGAACAUAAAAACAAACACAAAUUAAAACAAAAAAAGUCUCAAGAUUUUCAAAGUGGAAACCUAUUAUUUGAAGAUAAACAUGAAAGUAAAUCUAAUGCUGAAAAUGAAAUUUAUUCACCAACCAUCAAACAUUACAAGAAGCCUAAAGUGAAAAGUAAAUAUUCUGAUUACUUUAAAGAUACAAAUCUUAGCUUUGACAACAAUGUUCAAGAAAAAGAUAAAAACGAGAAUAAUUCUGAGAUUGAGAUUGACUCUCCUACAUCCCAACAUAAAAAUAAACACAAAUUAAAACAAAAACCUAAUGAAUAUUUUCAAAGUGGAGACAUUUUUGAAGAUAAACAUGAAAGUGAGUCUUAUUCUGAAAGUAAGAGUGAUUCUCCAUCUGUCAAAACAUCAAACAAAAUCCAAUUUGAAAAGAAAAUAUUCAGGAGACUCAAGAGAUGGUCAUAUUAAUGUUGAGGAAAAUUUUAAAGAAAUAGAUGAAAAUGAUGCUAAUACUAAGACUAAAGAUGAUUCUCUAAUAGUCAAACAUAAAAGUAAGAAAAAUAAGGUACAUGAUUUGAAUAACAUAAAUUGUUCUCCUAUGGCUCCAAAGAAAAAUAAAAGUAAACAUAAGCUAUUAGAAAAUAAUAAUGAAAUACAAUGCUCAAGUAAUUCAGCUAUCUCAUCUUCAAUAAUAUUAAAAAAUUUAUUGGAAAGUGAAAGAAAGGCUUUGUAUAGAAAGAGACACAGUAUUUCUAAAAAGAAAAAACAAACAAAACAACAAAAGAGCAGUGAAAUGUGUAGUAAUGUCAAUAAUAAAUCAACAAAGGAAUUACAACAAAAGGAAAAUUCAGAAUAUAUUCCUGAGAAAAGCAAGAAAAAGAAAAUGCAAAACAAAAAACACAAUACCAACUCUGUAACUUCAAGAAAUAACAAAAAAGGAAUUGUCAAAGAAGAUACAUCUUCGAACGAGAUAGAAAUUAUGAGAGAUAUGUUACUGAGAAAAGCUAUGGAAAAUACAAACCUCGCAAAGACAAAUCUAGAAGCUUCAGUGGAAUGCACUACUAUGAAAGAAGAUAAACAUAAGAAAUUUUCCUCAGAGAUUGAAAAAAUAAAGUUUUUGGGUAAUAUUAAAAAAA